CUAAAGUCCAGCCCCCUUCCGCUAUAGUUUCCUGCUGACACUAGUGCCUAUACUAUGCAUUCCGAGGGAAAGGCAAAUCAGCAUCCCGAUGUUCGGGAACCCUGCCAUUUUGCUGGUUCCCCAACUUGCACGAAAGCUCAGAUUGUACUUCCUGCUCACAGCCAUCUCAGUUGUCAGCUCACAUUGGGACCUUAACCGGAUAGCGAUACACGCUGAAGCGUUUUUUUUUUCCUAUUUAAUUCUUGUGGACGGAUCAUCCAUGUCGUUCAAAGUGAACGCCAAGGGAUGCCCGUAUUGCAAUAACUUGGAAACGGGACGCGUUGAUGCGCAAGUUUCGGGCUGCAUCAGUGUGCCUUCUGAUGGUUUCGACGCACGAACGUUGGUCGGGAAACCCCUGCAAUCCAAGCCAGUCUGAAAACAAUAAGAUGAUGUUCCGUGCUCAAACCGGAACGUAGUUCAAACGGACCUCAGGAGGAAGAGAAACAAUGUGAAGGUGAUGUUUCCAUGGGUCACGGCGUUCCACUUUGAAGGGUCGCAGGUGGUUUCAUUGGCCAUGACAAGGAAGGAAGUCCUCUAAUCAGUACAAUGAACUUUGCUGGCGAGGC